GGAAGGGAAUCCGCGGCGGACCCGGGACUGGCUGCAGGACGCACGCUGACUGGUCGCGCGCAUGGAGGCGCCGCGGCCGAAGGGCCCAAAGGGGCCGGAACGGAAGUCGGAGGCUGUCGGAGGGGGCCGCGGGGCCAACAAGAAGGGCAAGAAGCAGCCCCCGCGUCCCGGGACCGGGGCGAGCGCGCUGGGCCAUAACCGCGAUGCUGAGGAGGUAGCCGGGCUGCCCGUCAGCGGAAGACCAGAGGAUGGGGAGCAGGACGAGCAGCUGCGGCUGCAGAGGGAGCUGGACUGGUGCGUGGAACAGCUGGAGCUGGGCCUGAAGACCCAGAAAUCCAACCCAAAGCAGGCUGAGCAGGCAGCUCGGGCGGUCAAGACCCUACGAAGUCAUCGGGCCGAGUUGCCCAAGAAACGCCAAGUGAUGCGGUCCCUGUUUGGGGACUACCGGGCCCGCAUGGAGGAGGAUCGGAAAGCCGCCCUGAAGGCCAUGGAAGCGGCAGCUCGAUCAGCUCGGGUGAUCCCUGUUGAAGAGGCCAUCCGAAGGAAGAGUAGCCGGAUCUGCAGGCAUCGCCCGGGUGGAAGGAUGAAUUCUGUGUCUCUUCCAGAGGAAGAAUUUAAGUUUAACUUUAUUUUAUCCCCUGCUCAUCAGGAAUCCCCCUGAUUUCUGCCAGAAAAGCUGCUGUCACUACCACUGCCAACACAAUUUAGGGGCUGGAGAGAGUAUCAGAAAGGUUUGGGAAAUUCAUCUGAUGGGCAUCAGAUACAUGAUCAGGAUGGCUCAGACUGCCUGUUUUUCAGAUGUGUGGUCAUUGUCACUGAAGCCCUUACUUGACACAUGGAGGUUAUCAGGCUACUUGUGGAGUAAAUAUGUAGUUGCCCUAUCUUGAAUUCCUUAAAGACGGAUGAAGUUAGUCUGUACCAUGCCCUGAUCAGAGAGUGAAGAUGGAGGCAACUGAAGCUGCUUGAAAAAGAGGCUGCUUUGGUGCCUCUAUUUAUUAGUAGGAAAGAGGUCUUCAGUAAAAUCUUCCCUUCCAACUUUCUUAUCUGAGUGUCUCUUUGGAACAGUACCAUGGGUUACAGAAGAGUAUUUAUUGGAUGGAUUUUAGAUUUAUUGGGACAGCAUGGCUUAGGGGCCAUCAGUCACAGGGUGUCUCUAAAAGAUUGUAUAACCCUUUUUUCACAAUCUAAAUGCCCUCACACUCUCUCUCAAAGGAAAAUCCCAUAGUUUUCUCCUUGGGUCAGGAUUUGGGGCAAGGCUUAUCCCAUGGGAGUUUUGCACUUAUGAGUUUCCUCAUUAAACUGUUUUUAAGAAUUUAGAAGAUUAAAGGUGGCACUCUUGCUCCAUUUUGGUCAGUCAGCAAGCUUUGACCAAAUAUCUACUAUUUUGUUAGAUCUAGGCUAAGUUCUGGGAACUUACAGACAAGAAUGAAAAGACUUCUGUUCUUAAGGAGCUUUAUUCUCUUGGUGGAAGCAAAAUAUCCAUACAUGAAUAUCUAUGAAGUAAAAAUGAAUCAGGUUGGGGGUAGGGAGUGGGGUGAUGUGUUCAUUUGUCCAGUUAUUGGAAUUGGAUCGUGUGGCAAUGUGGUUUCUUUUUGCCACCAGUUAUUGAUCCACCAUCACUUCUUAGAUGUGCCACUUGUUCCCCUUAUUUUGCCUUCUCUAAAGGUUUUUUGUUUUUACCCUCAUUGUAUGCUUUAAUUUUGGGGAAGACAGGAGCCAGCUGAUUAUGUGGAUUUUUACUCUUCCUGACUUUUUUCUCCCCUCUCAAGCAAUUAUCUUUUAAAAAUAUUUUAUUUUUCCAAAUACAUGCAAAGACAGUUUUCGACAUUUACCUUUGCAAAACCCUGUGUUCUAAAUCUUCCUCUCUUCCCCACACUCUCUCCCCUAGACAGCAAGCAAUCCAAUAUAGGUUAAACGUGUGAUUUUGGAAGAUUCUUCCAAACACAUUUCCAGAUUCAUCUUGCUGCGCAAGAAGAAUCAGAUCAAAAGGGUGAAAAAACACAAGGAAGAAAAAAAAAAA